GGGGGAGGGGGGAAUCUGGGAAAAGUCCUGGAGUUUUUGGGGGGAAUCCCUGAAUUUUUGGGGUCCCCAAAGAUUGGAGGGUCCCCAAAAAUUUGGGAAUCCCCAAAAAUUUGGGGUCCUCAGGAACGGAGGGAAUUUUCUUGGGGAUUUUGAGGGGAGGGGGUUCCCCAAAAUUUGGGAAUUCCCAAGGAUCGGGGGGGUCCCCAAGGAUUGGGAAAGGUCCCCAAAAUUUGGGGUUUUCCAGGAUUUGGGGAAUUCCCAAAAAUCCAGAGGGGGUCCCCAGGGAUUGGAGGGUCCCCAAAAUUGGGGGGUCCCCAAAAUUGGGGGUCCCUGACCUUUGACCCCGCGCUCCCCCCAGCUCCAGCCCCGCUGUCCCCGGCACCUGGCCCAGGGAUUCCCGUGGGAAGCGGCGAUGUCGGACAAGGGCGGCAGCAUGGACGGCAGGACGGACAUUGUCAACGGCAGCCUGUCGAGCAGCCCCGAGGACAUGUCAGCCGAGGAGGGCCGGUGUCACUGCGAUGUCCCCAUGGCAAAACUGAGAAAGUUCUCACCCUUGGCUGUGGGAGGUCACCCUACAAUGACAUUGGGGUCACCCUACAACAACGCUUUUCUCUGUAAAAACAGAACACUUCCCCACUUUAUUACUCAAAAAGCAGCUAUUACUGCCCGCUUACCAGCAGCUAACCCCGUAACAACUAAGCAGCCGUGCCAAGGCAGCCCCGUAAAGCUGAGCCUGUGUCCCCAGGUGGCCUCGGAGACGUGGGCGCUGCCGCGGCCGCGCUGGCGGGCGAUCCCGGCGCUGCGGCAGCGCCAGCUGGGCGGCUGCUCGCGCUUCGUGGCGCAGGCCUGCGGCGCCCGGCUCUUCGUGCAGAAGUUCCGGCUGCAGCACGGCCUGGAGGGGCACACGGGCUGCGUCAACACGCUGCACUUCAACCAGCGCGGCACCCGCCUGGCCAGCGGCAGCGACGACCUCAAGGUGCUGGUGUGGGACUGGCUGCGGCGCCGGCCCGUGCUGCAGUUCGACAGCGGGCACAAGAGCAACGUCUUCCAGGCCAAGUUCCUGCCCAACAGCGGUGACUCCACGCUGGCCAUGUGUGCCCGGGACGGGCAGGUGCGCGUGGCCGAGCUCUCGGCCACCCAGUGCUGCCGCAGCACCAAGCGCGUGGCCCAGCACAAGGGGGCUUCCCACAAGCUGGCGCUGGAGCCAGACUCGCCCUGCACGUUCCUGUCUGCAGGGGAGGACGCCGUGGUCUUCACCAUCGACCUGCGGCAGGACCGGCCCGCCUCGAAAUUGGUGGUGACGAAGGAGAAGGAGAAGAAGGUCGGGCUCUACACCAUCUUUGUCAACCCUGCCAACACCUCCCAGUUCGCUGUGGGCGGCCGCGACCAGUUCGUCAGGAUUUAUGACCAGAGGAAAAUCGAUGAGAACGAGAACAACGGAGUCCUGAAGAAGUUCUGCCCCCACCACCUGGUAAACUGCGAGUCCAAAGCCAACAUCACCUGCCUGGUCUACAGCCACGACGGCUCAGAGCUGCUGGCCUCCUACAACGACGAGGACAUUUACCUGUUCGACUCGGCGCACAGCGACGGCGCGCAGUACAGCCGGCGCUACAAGGGCCACCGCAACAACGCCACGGUGAAAGGGGUGAAUUUCUACGGCCCCAAGAGCGAGUUCGUGGUGAGCGGCAGCGACUGCGGCCACAUUUUCCUGUGGGAAAAAUCCUCCUGCCAGAUCGUGCAGUUCAUGGAAGGGGACAAGGGCGGAGUGGUGAACUGCCUGGAGGGGCACCCCGGGAUUCCCAUUAAAUCUGACCCGGGAUUUCCUUGCAAUCUGACCCGGGAUUCCCAUGGAAUGCGCCCCGGGAUUCUCAUGAAAUCUGACCCGGGAUUCCCAUGGAAUGCGCCCCGGGAUUCCCGUGGGAUUUAACCCUUUUCCCGCCAGGUGAUCAAGAAGAACAAGGUGGAGCGGGACGAGGACAGCCUGCACCACACGGACAUGUUCGACAGCCACAUGCUCUGGUUCCUCAUGCACCACCUGCGCCAGCGCCGCCACCACCGGCGCCGCCGGGACCCCGGGGCCGAUUCCCCCUCGGACGAUUCCGGGAGCUCCUCGGACACCUCGGACGAUGAGGAGGAGGGGCCGGACCGGGUGCAGUGCAUGCCCUCGUGAGCCCCAAAACCCCCAAAAUCCCCC